CCUGGAAACGGCACUCAAAGGAAGGAAAAUCAAAUGUCAUCAUGCAUGUCAUGAAGGAUUACAUACUUUUUUUCGUCAAUGCUAUAAUAAUUCUUCUACUGGUUAUAUAUGUAAAUCAUACCGAUCGAUUGAUAAUGAAGAUAAAAGAAGAUUUUGGAAAAUCUCAUGACUUUAAGGCUUAUGUGGAACGAGCGCACUGUGAACUCGUGUCUGAAGGUAUUAUUGCAAUACCAGGUACAAGGUUUCAUGCUAAUCAUGGGGAAUAUAUUAACCUGUUGGAUGAAAACACGGUUGCCUUUCAUAGGCAUUGGGAUGGAAGUGCAUAUACUUUCAGUGAAAAAAAAUUGCAGCCAGGAGAGAUAUUUUUAUUUGAAAUCGAAAAAAAUGAUCAUGAUUAUAGCGCAGGUUUGACAGUUGGACUUGCACAAUUAAAUCCCUGUGACAAAUUUAAACUUCCGUCUUAUAUGUAUUCUAGUGAUUACGUACAUAAUUUCGGUAGAUUUUGGCUACGCUAUGUUUCGUUCACUGAGAGUAAUAAACCAUAUCAGUCAGUAUUGGGAAAUGAUCCACAUGUUGUGCAUACACCAAUGGGCUCUUUCAAUCGUAGCCUUUUGUCCAAUGGAAAAUGGAAUUCGCAGAAUAAUAUUGGUGAUAGUGUGAGUCAGCCCGUUGGUGUUGGCAGUAGAAUAGGAAUCAUGUAUAAUAUUGUUGAAAAUUCAGCUGAGAUGCAUUUGAUCAUUAACGGUGAAGAUCAAGGACCACGUGUACGCAAUAUUCCAUACACUAACGGGUCUUUGCAUGUUAUGCUUGAUGUAUAUGCUAAAACCCAGCAAGUACGAAUAAUUCAGCUAUAUGGAGGAACUGAUAAAGUGCGAACAGAAGUAGAAAAUAAAAUGAAAGUAUUAGAAGAAAAGUUACACAAGAUAACAGAUCCUGCUUUUUCACUUGAUAAGCCUAUUGACUGUACCGGUAUUGAUGUUAACCAUGGAAGUGGUGUUUAUACUAUAUAUCCAAAAGGCAUUGGAAGCUUAAGAGUUUACUGUGACCUAGAAACAAACAACACAGGAGGAGGAUGGACAGUUUUUCAACACAGAGAAAAUGGUGAUGAGGACUUUUAUCGCAAAUGGACUGACUAUGAAAAGGGGUUUGGAAAUUUGCAAAGAGAAUUCUGGUUGGGAAACAGUAAAAUUAAUGCCAUAACAGCACAAGGAAGAUACGAACUGAUGGUAUUGAUACAAGCCUUUGACAGUAGUAAAGCACAUGCAAGAUAUGACCAUUUUAAGAUAGGCGAUGCAACAUCGAAUUACACACUGUAUGUUGGAAAAUAUAGCGGAACUGCAGGAAAUAGUCUAGAAACCAACUGUCAUGAGCAGUUUACAACAAAGGAUGUUUCACAAUGUGCAGAAAGAGAAGAAGCUGCAUGGUGGUUUAAUGAAUGUAACAUUUGUACACUUUCAAAUCUAAAUGGAAAAUAUUUGACCCGGAAGCAUAAAAGUUAUGGUGGAAUUUACUGGUUUACCUGGAAGAACUCCUCUACGCUGUUAUUAAAAAGCACAACGAUGAUGAUGAGGAGUGUUAAAUGAUACUUACUGAAGGGAAAGUGAUUGAAUUAUCAUGACGAUAUUACAUAUUACAAUUCCAAUUAUAAUUAUGAUUUCUUAUUUUAAAUUCACCUGACUCAAAGGGUCAAUUUUAUGUGGCAUACUAUUUACGCCCUUGUUUUUAAUUAGUGGUAUUUUAAAUUGGAAUGCACACGCCUUUAUAAUGGUCAUGUGUACUAUUGUUUUUCUGUUUGUUUUUUUCAUUUUUAGCCAUGGCGUUGUCAGUUUGUUUUAGAUUUACGAGUUUGACUGUCCCUUUGGUGUCUUUCGUCUCUCCUUUCAGUACUAACUUUUGUUUUAUUUACAGAGGGAAAAAUAUGCCCGUCGAUUGCAGUGUCACUGUGUAACUACAAUGGUAAAAGCAAUCCGUUUGUAAAUUUUUACUUGUGAAUACUAAUAAUCUAUUUUUAUGCCCCACCUACGAUAGUUUUUCUGGUCUCUUCGUCCGUUCGUCCGUCUGUCCCGCUUCAGUUUAAGUUUUUGGUCAAGGUAGUUUUUGAUGAAGUUGAAGUUCAAUCGACUUCAAACUUGGUACACAUGUUCCCUAUGAUAUGAUCUUUCUAAUUUUAAUGCCAAAUUAGAGAUUUUACCCCAAUUUCACGGUCCACUGAACAUAGAAAAUAAUAGUGCGAAUGGGGCAUUCGUGUACUGAGGACACAUUCUUAUUUAUCUAUUGUUCAUUUCUACCAAAUCAGCUCACGCUAAUUAUUACCUGUAGGAAAGUUCCCCAACCUCUUUUCAAUUUAAUUUAUUUUAGCACUUUCUGUAGGAAUGUAAAAAAGUGCACUGUAGAGUUCUGUCAAGUUUUAUAUUUUGUAAACAUAUAAAACAUAUCUGAAAUUUAUUUAUUAAAUAUUCGAAAGAAUUAACAGAAGUUAAUUUAGGAAUACGAUAUACCAGAUAAAAGAUAACCCAAAUUCGUUGAAAUCCCUCGUAAUAUUUCCAAAUUUCCAACGACUCCAGAUUAACUUCGUUAUACAAAUGUGAACAAAUUGUAAAACAAACUAAUAUAUGAUCAUAAUAAAAAACAACAAAUAAUAAGUUUGAAUUUUGGCAAUUUUUUGUCAUGGAUUUAUUAGGACAGUUCAACUAUGUAUCAACCGGCCAACGAAUUUGCAUUCAUCGACAAUUUCUCAUUAAUGUCCAAGAUAAAAACAUUGAAGGACCAUCAUAUGUUUUCUCCAAAUGGCAACGGGGCUACCGGACGCCAACUGUGAUAAAUUCAGCCCUUCAGUAAAACAUGUAUUCAGUAAACAUUCUGUCCAAUCCAUGACGCUUCUUUUGGCCAUAUUUGAAAAUAUACAACAAACAGCAGAAAAAAUAUUCUAAAGGGUGGGAUAUGGUGGGUUUUUGUGUUCUUUCAGAGUUCAAAUCACGCAAUGAACAAAUCACGAAAAGCAUGCAAUUUUAUACCAAAUAAAAGCGGGAAAACCGCUUAUGAAAAAUGUAGGUUAACAAAAGACGCUUAAGUCCGUCAAAAUUAAAGCAGACGAUACUCUCAAUUUAAUUAAUUGAUUUAAUGCUGAAUGAUUAAAUCUUAUUAUCUACGGGAUGCUAUGACGUAAAGUAAUUUAUUUGCCUGUACUCAGAGUAAAUUUUUAUGGUGAAAAUGAAGUUUUGUCAAAUGGUCAACAUGCAAUUGGAAAAGUGAAGAGUUCCGUCAAUUUCGACAAAUCCAUGUCAUCCUCUAAAAGAAUCAUGUUAAGCGUAUCACCAAUAUAAAUCAUGAAUUAAUUUUAGUAACUAAACAAUAUUGUUUAAUUUCAAACAACUGUUCCAAUUUGUUAUUAAGGUUUAAAUUACUACUUAUUGAUAUUAUUUUUAUAGGUUUGCAUUCUAUUUAAACAUACUACAAAGAACACUGAGCAAAAGAAAAAGAAGAAAAAAUAAUUCUUAGGCUUAAAAAUCUCAAAUUAGAUAACAUAACAUCAAUAACUAAAUAUGUCAAUAGUGUUACUACAUAGUGUCAUUGGGGCUACCAGCAUACACCAGUUUGUGAAAACUUUGUAUUAGUAACUCAGAUAUUAAAACAUUAUAUUGAAACAGAAUUGUUAAAUAAGUAUAAUAUUCCCAAAAUCAUAUGACUUUUCGCUUAUCAAACGCGAAAGAAACACAUAAAAAUGCUGAUUGUCAUGAUGUAUUCAGCUGGGUUACUUAACUGGUCAGUGGUGAUAUUUUAUUAAAGUGGUCUCACCAUUGACAGUAACUUCUUAAUCAUUGAUUCACAGUAGUAUUUUCAGAUUUAGUUACAAAAUAAGCGUUUCGUUUCCCUACUUUAUAUUCUGUUUCUGGUGCAUGUUUCUGCAAUUAAUAUCUUUUCAUAAAUUAAAGUUCAUGAAAUCUUUCUUGGUAAAUGAUAUUAAUAAGGGUACACCAUGAACAAUGUUUCUAUUUACGAUAUAAAGUGAUAAAUUCUUAUAACAAAUGAUAAGAAUGAAAUUCCUCUUUCAUGUCUGAAAGGUAUUAUAAUAGUAAAACAUAACAGUUAAUUCUGGCUAUGUCCAAGGGUCUAAAAAACAUUAAGGAUGUUUUAUAACAUUACAUACUGUAAACUGUAAAUAGUGUAUCACUAAACAUUCAUUUCUAGCAUAUACACAGUUUAUUUUGAAAUAUUUUCAUGUCUGUGACUUAUAAAAGACGUAAAAUAACAUAGUUUUGCAUGUUUCUUUAUAAUGACUCAUUUAGGACGAUAACAUGAUAAAUAUUACAUAUGACAUUUAAUACUGCUUUCUAAACCUUCAGUGUGUUUGUUCACAAGCUCACAUAAUAAUACUUAUAAUAAUGAAAAUGUUAGCGCCCUACAUGAAAAUGAACUCACUCUAAGGUGCUGUACAUGCAAGGUAUGUUAUUCAAAAGGAAUCAAAGAGAAAAAAAUCACAACAUACAAUAUGAUGUCCUGUGUUUGAAUUUGUUUGUUAGCUUUUUGGUCAUGAAUGUUUGUCUCUAAUAUUUAAUUAACUGUGCAUUUGUAUUCAGAUAUCGCAGAUCAAAUUUAUUCGUUCAUUGUGUAAUCAUACGUUUUUUGGUUGAGUUAAGUUUGCCAAUUGAUAUUUUAUCGUGUAUUUUUCUAUUUUGUGAUGUUAUGCUAUUGUUUCAGAAAAAAAGGAGAAGGUUUGGAUCCAUUAAAACGUUUAAUCCCGCUGCAAAUGUUUGCACCUGUCCUUAGUCAGGAAUCUGAUGUACAGUAGUUGUCGUUUGUUUAUACGUGUUUCUCGUUUCUCGUUUUGUUUAUAUAGAUUAGACCGUUGGUUUUCCCGUUUGAAUGGUUUUACACUAGUAAUUUUGGGGCCCUUUAUAGCUUGUUGUUCGGUGUGAGCCAAGGCUCCGUGUUGA